AUGGCAUACAAUUAUUUUCUAGUGCUCCAUCUGCUCGCGAUAAUAAUCCCUUCAAUUUAUUCCCUUCAUCUGUAUAAGCCUCUAUCAGAUAGUUCUUGCAAGGAGGUCAAAGAAAUUGAUGAAAGGCUUUCCGAACCCUUUCUUCCAACCUCUUACCAAGCAGGAAGCAGUACGACAGCCCUCGGAGGUGUCAAGUCUAUCCUUGAUACAACAAAAGAAGUACUAAAAAGUCUGUUGAAUCCCCAUACAUCACGACAAUAUAAGCUUUCAACCAGUUGGGAAGUCUGCUUUGAUAUCUCUACCAAGGCUUUGGAAUCAUCCGAGUCACCUGAAGUGAAAUCAAUGGCCAAAGCCGUUAUGAAAUUAGGCUCUCAAUUUGAUCGCCUUGAUUAUAAUCCACAAAACAAAAUGGACCAAAUUAUAUCUACAAUAAACCUCUUCUAUCUUGCUCUUCAGAAUGAUUCGAUAAAUAUGGCUGAGCGGAUUUGGUCUGUAGUAGUUCUCUCACUCCUAAGAUUAAAGAUCCCGGAGGAUAAAACCCCUACGAUUCCCGGUGUAUGGGAAGCGCAAGACUUGGGUCGGCCUCGGGGACACUUUUUAUUAUUUUUUCUACAAGACAAAGAUUUGGGAAAAGUGAUUCAAGAGAUGUGGUCAGAUUCACACCUGGAACCAUCCGAACAUGUCAUUCAGGAGGCUAUUCAGAGGGAAUCCAUAGUGCAUCAAAUCCAAAGACAAAUGGCCCGAUUUCACCCAUCGAAGCAUUUUCAAACGAUCUAUCUCGCUUUCAUCAACUUGGAAAGUCCAAUAGAUUCGCAGGAAGCCUUAUCAUUGAUAGAAUUGAUCAGAGAUCAUCUGGAUCGACUAGAAACACAAAACAGGAAUGGAUUUGAUGAGGAAAAAAAUACAAUUAGAUUGCUAUUACAUCUUGAGGUACAUGAUCAGGGGAGUUAUUUGAAAUACAAAGAGUUGAUCAAAAAACCAAAUUUUCGAGAAAAGAUGCUUGCUGUGGACGCAAGCAUUCAACUUGAAGAAAAACUCCCUCCAAGUUUCAGUGAUCUUUUGAAACAAAUUCAUACCACCAAGAUUGUUGAUACAGAACAAAUUAAAAACGCCUUGCGAUACGUGGUAAAAGAUGAACAGAUCUCGACUUCCCAAGCAGGAAGAUGUUUGAGAGUAUUAAACUUACUUUAUAAGAGUGACACAGUGUCAAACGCAUGGCUCAAUAAUCAUUUGGAUAAAUAUCCUCAAAUUAUUCCAAAACUCUACGAAAAAUUACUGAAGUACCGCCAUGGUCGAAUGGAUCCAAAUUGGUUUGUUUCGAGAGAUCUUGAGUCUAUGAUCUUUAAUAAACUAUUUGUUUUGGGCUCUAUUGAAGACGAGGAUCAAGUUGCAGAAAAGUAUAGAAUUGAUCUCGCAAACGUUUUGGUAUCCAAAGGUGUUCUUCACAAACGUUGCACCACUGGUCCUAGCCCAAAUGAGAGUAGACUGGUCAAAGAAUACAUGAACAAUGUUAGUUUAUAUUGGAUUUUUCAUAGGAUGUUGGAGUUGAAAGCCAAUUCAAACGCCGAUCAAGAUCAUAAUGCGGAUUAUGUCAUUGUGGAAUACAUCCUUCAUGUUAUAUCCUUCAAAAAUAAUGACAAGAAGCUAUACCGACAUCUUCUGGCUGAUAAGCAUGUCCCAGAGAUCUUCCCCCUGUAUUAUACUCUUGUCUUUCAAAAACUCAGUAAGACAGUCUUUAGCUUUGUUUACGAUCAGUCUUGGGAACAUGGUGGCCGAAUCGAUAUCUUUACAGAUGCUAUGAAGAAACUUGAAAAGGUGAUCCUUUGUCUUCUGUACCCUUGA